AUGACGACUGAGGUGCCAUGCGAGGAGGGGGCGAUGACUAUGCCUGAAGAGACCAUGGAGUCGCACCUUUACCAUCUUCGCUACUUUGCCGGACAUACGGGGCGCUACGGUAACGAGUUUUUGGAGUUCGACAUCCGCGACGAUGGAACGCUGAAGUAUGGCAACAACAGUCGCUACCGGAAUGAGAACAUUAUCAAGAAGCAGGCUCGGGUGUCUCCCGCAGUGUUGGAGGAGAUCAAGCGCGUCAUCAUCACCUCCGGGGUUCUUGAAAGCGAUGAUGAGAGGUGGCCGCAACCAGACCGGAACGGGCGGCAGGAGCUAGAGAUACACCUGGGAAACACCCACAUUUCGUUGGUGACGAACAAAAUUACCUCCAUAAGCGAAGUAGAGCAAACAGACAACUCUAAAGGACUCGAGACGUUCUAUUACUUUGUACGUGACAUCAAGUCGUUGGUAUUGGCCCUUGUGUCGCUUCAUUUCAAAAUCAAGGCCUGCUAA